AUGUAUUUCUUGGCAAAAGAUUUGGUGUCGUUGGUUGUGGUCAUUAUCAUUUCAUUGAGCACAUCGAUUGGGCUUGUGACUGCAUUCCCACACAUGAAUUUUGUCAUUUUCUAUGGAAUUGUCUUUCUGACUAUUAUGGCUGGUUUUCCACUCGGAUACACCUUGUCCUUCUUUUUUGAACCAGCCAUUGCUCAACUUGCAGCUGCCCUUGUCGUGAUUGUGUUUUACAGUUUAGCUGGAAAUAAUCCAACCUUACCUGAAAUUGAAAAGCUUGCAUUUCCCCUAUCCUAUUCACAUAUAUUCACCUACUUUAGAUACAUUAAGGGUUUAGUGUACAUGCAUGAACUGGACACCAGAAGAAAGGAACAAAGUAUCUCUGAGGCCCUAAAGAUGAAUGGCUAUGAAUAUGAAUCCUUGUUUUUCUACUAUUAUGCAUUGUUCUUUUGGAUGAUCGCCUUUCGAUACAUGGCCAUGUAUUGCAUGUGGGCAUGGAAACCAAGAUCUUUAUUUAGUAAGAUGAGUUUCCAUUUCAAAAAGUGGACAGGUCGGAUGGGUGUCUUUUUGGAUCGACGAGUGGUCACUCCUGUCCGUGCAAAGAUGUCAUCGAGGAGGAGACACCUUUUGGAUACACAUGUUUCAUUAGAUCCGACGAGUGGCACCAUGGUGUAG